UUUGCCCAGGAGAUGAACGAUUUCUUUUAUUUAAUAAACGGGAGAAUUGAAUUCGACCAAUCUAAUUUGCCAAGUGAUGCACACAUUGAAAAACAUUACAGGCUUCGUGGAGGCAAAGGCGGCUUUGGAUCAAUGCUUAGGGCCAUUGGCUCCCAAAUUGAAAAGACAACGAAUCACGAAAUGUGCAGAGAUUUAACUGGAAGAAGAAUGCGGGAUGUAAAUAUGGAAAAAAAGUUGCGCGAAUGGUACGCCAAGGCAAGUGAACGAGAAAAAGCAAAGCUUGAGAGGUAUUUAGAAAGAAAGCGGAAGAGACAGGAAAUGCUCAAGGAGGGUCCGCUUCCAGGACAUAAGUUUGAAGACAGGGAAUAUGACGCCCAGAAGCAACGAAUAACUGAUGAUCUUCAGAAGUCCAUGGAAUUUGUCUGUCAUAUAACUGCUUUCCUUCUUUCAGCCCUGUCUAAGAUAGUGAAUGAAAGCAAGUCCGACCAAGCACCUCUUACUCCAGGCUGUUCAAGUACUUCUUGUGCGCCAUCAUACAAACGCCAACGUCUUUGGCUUGAAAGCCUCGACGACGGUAGCAGCUCUGGUAGCAGUAGUUCGGAUAUAUUUUCAGGAACCGAAGAUAAAUCAGGCACUGACAUCGCUGUCUCCACAAUUGACGUCAUCUCCGGCCCAGAUGCUUUGGAGCUAGGGAGUCAGGCUCAAGAUGCGCACGUGAUAGCUUUGCAUUCAGAGGCUACUUCAGAUAAAGUCGAGUCAGAAUUCGUGAAGAUCGAUGUGAGGCCUUCCAAAAUAAACAUAGAGGGUGACCAUGAUAACCAGACUUUAGAAGUCCCAUUAACUGAUGAGCAGCUGCUAGAUUCUACGCUUUUUCCAACUUCCGAUGUAUUAGCUUCCACUGUAUCUCUAAACGUACUGAAGCUAUCUCUGCAGUCACGCCAGCUUAAGUGUGGUGGAACCGCCUUGGAGCGUGCCCAGCGGCUGUUUGCCGUAAGAGGACUCACUCUGGAGCAGUACCCUGAUAAACUCAGAGCCAAGCCGAAUGAGGCUAAGAAGACCUAA